GAGCAAGAAGAGGCGCGCUUUCUCCGCCGAAGAAUGGCUGCUGCUGCAUCCCGCGGGGCGCGCAAGCGGGGCGCGUGUCAAGUGCUGGUGGCGACGCUGUGCGUGGCGCUGGUCUACUCCUACAACCUCGACGUGGACCACCCCGUGAUUUUCCAAGGACCCAACAACUCUUUCUUCGGCUACUCCGUGCUGGAGCAUUACUAUGACAAUACUCGAUGGGUUUUGGUUGGCGCCCCAAAGGCAGAGUCUAAAUACAGUGCCUCUCUUAAGUCCCCAGGAGCUGUGUUUAAAUGUCGUGUUCACACUAACCCUGACAGGAGAUGCACAGAACUGGAUAUGGGCCGAGCGAAUGUUCAAGGAAUGACCUGCGGGAAGACAUGCAAGGAGGACAGAGAUGAAGAAUGGAUGGGUGUAAGUCUGGCAAGGCAGCCCACAGCUGGGGGAAGUAUCCUGGCCUGUGCACACCGUUGGAAGAAUGUCUACUAUGAGACAGAGUACAUCCUUCCUCACGGUUUUUGCAACAUCAUCCCACCCAAUCUAGGGUCCAAUGGCAAAAGGUUAAUGCCUUGCUAUGAAGAGUAUAAGAAGAAAUACGGCGAAGAGCAUGGCUCAUGCCAGGCCGGAAUAGCAGGCUUCUUCACAGAGGAGCUGGUUGUCAUGGGAGCCCCGGGAUCUUAUUACUGGACCGGGACCAUCAAAGUGCUGAAUCUCACUGACAAUAUUUAUUUCAAGCUGAAUGAUGAAUCUGUGAUAGCCAAGCGGUACACAUACCUAGGAUAUGCGGUGACAGCGGGUCACUUCUCUCAGCCGAUGACGACGGACGUGGUUGGAGGAGCUCCUCAGGAUGGAGGCGUCGGAAAGGUAUAUAUAUUUCGCACUGAUAGGAGGUCUGGUUCUUUAAUAAAGAUCUUUCAGGCUUCUGGUAAAAAGAUGGGCUCUUACUUUGGCUCCUCCUUAUGUGCAGUUGAUCUGAAUUCUGACGGCCUUUCGGACCUCCUGGUGGGAGCACCCAUGUUUUCCGAGAUCCGGGAUGAGGGUCAAGUCACCGUCUACCUCAGCAGAGGAAAUGGAGUCAUGGAAGAGCAGCUUGUUCUGAAUGGUGACAAUGCCUACAACGCACACUUUGGGGAAAGCAUUGCCUCCCUGGGAGAUAUGGAUGAGGAUGGAUUCCCAGAUGUUGCCAUUGGUGCUCCUAAAGAAGAUGACUACGUUGGAUCAGUCUAUAUCUACCAUGGAUCCAUGGGGGGCAUCAUACCUCAAUAUUCUAUGAGGAUACCUGGGAGGAGAGUAAGCCCAACGUUACAGAUGUUUGGCCAGUCCAUUUCUGGAGGAGUUGACAUGGAUGGAAAUGGCUAUCCAGAUGUGACGAUAGGAGCCUUUAUGUCAAACAAUGUGAUUCUUCUAAGAUCCAGGCCUGUCAUUACUAUGGACAUCUCCAUUUUCCUGCCUGCUUCCAUUGACAUCACAGCUCCUCAGUGCCACGAUGACUUGCAGCCGGUGAACUGCCUAAACGUCACAGCCUGCUUUAGUUUCAGAGGCAAACACGUUCCAGGAACGAUAGGAUUGAACUGUAACCUGACGGCAGAUGUGGCAAAGAAGGAAAAGGGCCAUCCCAUCAGGGUUUACUUUGUUUCUUCUGGAGAAGCAGUGGGCCAGAUCACAGAGCAGUUCCAGCUGUCCUAUAUGCAGCAGAAGUGCAAACAGUACCUAGCCUAUGUGAAGAGAAGGGUCAAAGAUGUGAUAUCACCAAUUGUAUUUGAAGCUGCGUAUGAUCUUGGAGACCAUAUCACGGCAAAGGAGGAGAAGGAAUUGCCUUCACUCAAGCCUGUUCUUCGGUGGAAGAGAGGGCAGAAGAUGGCUCAGAGAAACCAGACUGUUUUUGAGAGGAAUUGUCAGUCAGAUGACUGUGCCGCUGAUCUUAACCUUCAGGGGAAACUAUUCCUAUCCGGCGUGGAUGAUAGGGCUCCCUAUCUGGCUUUGGGAGCCGUGAAGAACGUUUCCCUGAACAUCACCAUCUCCAACAUUGGGGACGAUGCGUAUGACACGAACGUUGCCUUCAACUUCUCCAGAGAGCUCUUCUUCAUCAAAAUGUGGCAAAAAGAUGAGAUGGGCAUUGCCUGCGAGUUGCUGGAGCCGGACUCUGACUUUCUGAAAUGCAGUGUGGGCUUUCCCUUCAUGAGAUCAAAGUCAAAGUAUGAGUUCAGCAUCAUCUUUGAUACUAGUCAUUUGUCUGGGGAAGAGGACAUUCUCUCAUUCCUUGUCACUGCUCAGAGUGGGAACUUGGAACACAACCUCCAUGACAACUCUCUCAUCUUGUCUGUUCCCCUGAUACAUGAAGUGGACUCAUCCAUCACUGGAGUGGUCUCUCCUGGUUCUUUUGUUUAUGGGGAGUCUGUGCCGGCAUCUCAAUUUACUCAGCUGGAAGAUCUGCAGUGUCAUUUUCAGGAGCUCAACUUUACACUUCAGGUCUACAAUGCUGGCCCAAGCACACUUCCUGGCUCUUUUGUCGACAUUUCGUUUCCGAAUCGUCUCUCGGCUACUGGGGCUGAAAUGUUUCACAUUCAGCAGAUGAUGGUUGCCCAGGACAAAGGAAACUGCUCUUUUCAGAAAAACCCAACCCCAUGUGUCAUUCCUCAAGAAAAGGAGAACAUUUUCCACACAAUAUUUGCCUUUUUUACCAAAUCUGGGAGGAAAGUAUUGGACUGCGAAAGACCAGGCAGGUCCUGCCUAAUUAUACGCUGCAACUUAAGCUCACUAGCUAAAGCAGAAUCCUGCAGCAUAGAUGUGCAUAUGCUGUUGAAUACCGAGAUAUUGAAAAAGGACAGUUCAUCCGUCAUCCAGUUUGUAACCAGGGCAAAGGUGAGGGUAGACACAACUUUCCGGGCAGUAGAAGUACCCAAUGGGAAUUCAGAAGAUGCAACAGUGGUCUUUGAGGCCUUGCAUAAUCUGGAGCCUCGUGGUUAUGUGGUUGGAUGGAUCAUUGCUAUCAGCUUGCUGGUGGGAAUUCUCAUCUUCCUGUUUCUGGCUGUGCUGCUGUGGAAGAUGGGCUUCUUCCGCAGAAAAUACAAAGAGAUCAUUGAGGCUGAGAAGAACAGGCAAGAGAAUGAAGACAGCUGGGACUGGGUGCAGAAAAGUCAGUAAGCUUCUGGAGGGGAACCUUGAAAGCCCGUUCAUGUGAUACACACUCGCUACCCUAUUGAUCCUGCUCUUGUAUCUUCCAUAUGUGGAAGAAGGAAUCUUCUCCAGAUUUUUCGGAGGCCUUGUUGACGCUGUUGUUCAUCAUCAUCUUAAGCUAGGGAAUGUAUCCUGAGGCAACCACUGCAGGCAUGCCAGGUGACUGGAGCAAUUUGUACUUCCUGGAAGAGAUGAACUUUGAUAACUGAGCUGCAGUGCAGAACAAUAUUUAUGAAUCCAACACAUGUGGUAUAUACCCUCAGGGGAAGACUGUUGCCUAAAAAAAGUAUUUUUUAUAAAUAUAAGCUUUUUAUACUGA